AUGCCUGACUCGCCCCCACGCCCACCUCCUAUCAAGUACACUGCUCCCCUCGGCACUCGCUGGGCAAAGGAAAAGGCCGCUGCAGGCGGUGCUGCCGCCUUUGACCUCCCCACUGACCCAAAGUCCAUCGGCCCCUGGAUCCUCGGCGAGUGCGUCGGCAAGGGCGCCUCAGGUCGCGUCAAGAUCGCCCGCCACCGCCGCACCGGUCAACUCGCCGCCGUCAAAAUCCUCCCCGUCGCCCCCCUCGUCUCCUCCCGCGCGUCUCUCGCCACCCGCGCUGCAAAGUCUGAGAAACAGCGCCUCGGCAUAGACCGCGAGAUCACCAUGAUGAAACUCAUGAACCACCCCAACAUCAUGCGCAUAUACGACGUCUACGAGGGCCCCACUGAGCUCUUCCUCGUCCUCGAGUACGUCGAGGGCGGCGAGCUCUUUGAUUUUCUCGUCAACCGCGGCAGACUACCCCCCAACGAGGCUCUCAUCUACUUUCGCCAGAUCGUCUACGGCCUCAACUACGCCCAUACAUUUUCCAUCAUCCACCGCGACCUCAAGCCAGAGAACAUCCUCAUCGCCUCUCUCGCCCCGCCCCAGAUCAAAAUCGCCGACUGGGGCAUGGCCGCCUUUGCCCCGCCCGCCCUUCAGCUAGAGACGAGCUGCGGCUCACCCCACUACGCCAGCCCAGAGAUCGUCAACGGCGAAAAGUACCAGGGAAACGCGACGGACAUCUGGAGCUGCGGUGUUAUCCUCUACGCUCUCCUCACAGGCCGCCUCCCUUUCGACGACAAGAACGUCCGCAACCUCCUCGCCAAAGUCAAGAGCGGCAAGUACGACAUGCCUACCUGGAUCGACCCCCUCGCCAAGGACCUCCUCAGCAAGAUGCUCAUCGUCGACGUCAAACAGCGCAUUACCAUUCCCGAGAUCCUCACACAUCCCUGGCUGCUCACACACACCUCUAUCCCAUUCACAUGCCCCGCCCCGCCCCGCCCGCUCUCCUCUUCCUCUUCCCACCCACCAUCCGCCCACCAAACGCAGCACCAAACACAGACAACACUCACAUACACCCUCCUCCCCCCGCCGCUGCCACCGUCCCCCUCGCUCCUCGCACGCCCGCUGCCCUCGCCUGCACAUAUCGACGCCGAGCUCUUUGCGUCCCUCCGCAUCAUUUGGGGGCGGCACGCGGAUCCCGCUGGCGAUGUCAUCAAACGCGACCUGUGUGCGCCCCAGGGACGCGGUGUGCAUGCCAAAGCAUUUUAUUUCCUUCUUGGGAGGUACAGAGAAGAAGCGGGUGGGCGGAGGCGGGAGGAUGGGUUGGCGCUGGGUGUGGGUCUUUCAGGCCAGGGCGAGACGGCGGAAGAGGAGAUGGCGAAGGUUAAUUUCAACCUUGGAUGGGAGCUCGAGAGCGGGCUGAGGCAGUAUGAGGUCCAAGCGCCUAGGAUCCCCGCUUCAACUGCUGCUGAUGCUGCUGCAGAUGAUGAUGAACCUGCUCCGAGCCCUGUGUUCUCCCCGCCUCCACCGCCUUAUCCUUCUACGACGACUACUACUAGCACGACGACGACGACCUCGGACGCAGCGCCCUCGCGCAGACGGACAGUUACGGACGGAUCGUUGCCUUUGCAUAUACACACCGUCAGCCAUGCGAAUGCGAAUCCGCAGCACCAUGUCUCGUCGAGCGCGAUACCGCGCACUCCUGCGCCUCCUGUGCUCGUUCAGUCGGCCCCGCCCGCACCCUCGCAAACGCAGACGCACCCAUCCUCGCUCCCACCAACACAACCGCAAACGCAGACGCAGACACAACAAGUCCCACAGCCGCAUGUGCUAGGCGUGGGAACGAACGCUGUGAUUGGUCAAAAAAUGGGAACGGUCACGGGAUCGUCACAGGGUACGCGCGCGUUUGGCGCGCCGAAGAGGGGGUGGACGUAUUCGGGUCCUGGGUCGGGUUCUGGGUCUGGAUCUGGCGGUGGGGUUGGACAGGGACAGGGACAGGGAAGCGGACAGGGACAGGGAAGCGGACAAGGACAGGGUAGUGGACAUGGACAAGGACAGGGACAAGGACAGAGUCAUAUGCACGCGAUGGGAUUUUCGCAGCAUUUGCAGCAGUUGCAGGCGCGUGCUCAUGCACAUGGGCAUGGGCAGGGGGGUUCUGGGAGAUCGCGCGCUGGGAACUCUGGGCAUGCGAGUGCUGCUGGUUCUGCAAGUUCAGAUUCUAAUUCCAAUACACAUGGAUAUGCACAUGGCCCUGUACACCCACACGUCCAUGCACAAUCCCCGGCCCCGGCCCACGUCCAUGCACAAGCCCACGCACAAGCCCCGACCCACGCUCAUCCUCACGCUCACGUCCAUCCACACCCCCACGCAAACACCCACGCGCAAGCGCUCCCGCUCCUGACAGCACCACGCACCGAAAACGCACAGCUCCAACGCACAGUGGAGGAUGUGGCGCGGAAGGUGAAUGAGCUUGUGCAGGCUGUGACGCAGGCGCCGCCUCCUUCUCCUUUGGGUUCUCCGUUGGGUUCGUCGCCUGUACCUGCUACGCAUGGGCAUGAUGAGAAUGAUAUGGAGAUCGUAGUGGAGGGUAUGACUGGUGUUGGUGUUGGUGUUGGGGAGCGUAGGGAGAGGGUGGAUGAGGCGGAUAAGGAGAAUGCGCACGCUGGUACUCACACUCAUGCACACCCCCAUGUUCAUGCACACGCUGGCGCGCACCAGAUUCUGACACAGAAACGAGCCUCCGCGGACAAGGAAAAUGACAAGGACAAUGACAGGGUUAAAGACAAGGACAAAGACAAGGAGGCGUUACAUGUCAUUCAGCCUGCGUAUCAUGAGGCAGAUGUACUCGCUGAACUGCAUUUACCGCUUAAUCAGGGGAAUGGUGGGGGUUUAGGAGAUGAGGAUGUGUAUGAGGGCGGGUAUAAUCCUUAUGAGGGGUAUUUGGUGGAGGGUGUGGUUGUUGGGGAUGCUAGCGCCAACUAUCCAAACGUCAAAAACCACAGUGCUAAUACCGACGCCAAUGACCCCGCCCACAACCACAACGCCAACCUCAACGUCAAAAACCACGAGCACCACGAGCACCACGCUCAGGAGGAAGAAGAUGAGGAAGAAGACGAAGAAGGCGAAGAGAGCUGGAGCCACGUGAGCGUGAGUGCUGCUGAAGCGCAUGGGGAUACUAAUCCGGAGAGGGUGGGCCGGAAGGUGGGCGGUUAUCAGGGGCUUGCAAUUGGGGUGCAGAGUGGGGGUGGGAUUGGGAAUGGGAGGGAUUUGGGUGGUGGUGGUGGUGGGGGUGUGAAUCAAGGGGGAGGGGGUGUGAGUGGGGGUGGGAAUCAAGGAGGAGGGGGGAAUGGAGGGGGGAAUGGGGCGGGAGGAGGAGGGGGGUAUGCGCAGCAUGUGCAGGCGCUUGUGAAGAUGAAGAAGGAAAAGGAGAGGGAAAAAGAGAGAGAGAAGGAAAGGGAUAAAGAGAAGGAGAAAGAGAAAGAGGAGAAAAAGGAGAAGAAAACAAAGGCUGAGAGGAAAGGGAGACCACCACCGCUUGAUUUACCGUCUCUUAAUACGGGUCAUGGACAUCACCACGCAGCGCGACGCGCUACACUUGGUGGAGCACUCGCUUCUCCGCUGUUCUACGCGUCCUCGCCUGCACCAUCACCAAUGCACUCACCUAUGCCCUACCACACCAACUCCAACACCACCCACGCACACUCUCACUCACACCCGCACACGUCAAAUACCACCACGCACCAUCCACACACAACCACACACGCACACAAGAUCCUCGCCUCGCCCGUUGUAGGCGAGUUCAAAGGCUGGUUCUCGAGUUUGUUCAGUUGGAAACAAGGGUCGGGCGGGUCGUCGAAUCUUGGUGCGUAUGGGUUUGGAGGGGGGACGGGGCCUGGGUUGUUGUAUUCGGUGCAGGAUUUGAGGAGGACGGUGGGUGUUGUGCGAGGUGUGUUGGAGGGUAUGGGUGUGGGUGUUGUGGGUGUUGGUGGUGCGCCGCCUGUGUCUGGGCAUGUGUCUGGGAAUGUGCAUGUGUCUGGGGAUGGUGCAGCGGGAUCUGCGGUUGAUGGAGGAUAUACGGGACAUACGAGCGAGAUUCUGUUAUGUCGGAUUGACCAGUCUGUGGUUGAUCCGGGGACGGGGACGACGCUUAAGAGUGUUAGGUUCCGUGUUGAGAUUAGGGGUGUUGCGGGUGGUGCGGGUGGUAGUCCUGUUGGGACGCCUGGCGAGCAGCAGUACCAAUACCAACACCAACACCAGCAGCACCAGCACCAGCAACAGCAGCAGGCACCGCAGUAUGCGACACAUCAAAAUGCGCUGAUGCUCUCACCUACGAUGGAGGAGCCGUCGUCUGCGCCGAUGACGCCGGUGACGCCGUUACCGCCUGGUGCGGGCAGUGCUGUGGUGGGUGGUACGGUUGCGGGUACGGUUGCGGGUAUGGGUAUGGGUGCAAAUCCAGUCGCUGCUGCGCCGACAACGACGGCGGCGGUGGGGGCGGCGGUUGCACCGGGCCCCCGUGCUCGGGCGAGUAUGCUCCUUGGGCGCGCGGCGUCUUAUCAUAGCUCCUCGGUGUCGGUGCCUAUAUCCGCGCCGUCACCCUCCGGCGCCAAUUUCAAUUUCCACUCCAAUUCCAGCUCAAACUCUCACAACACCAGCGCGAGUACCAGCGCGAGUGUGAAUGCCAAUGCGAAUGGGAGAUACGAGAUCCCGCAUGGGUGUCAGUGUAUAAUUGCGCUGGUGCAUGAGAAGGGGUCGAUGUCGACGUUUAGAGCGGUGUGGAAGAGGCUCAAGGAGGAGUAUGCGCGGUCUGCUUCGGUGGGUUUGGCUGUCGUCGGUGGUGGUGGUGGUGGUGGUAAUGUGUCACGCGGCGUUGCUGGAGGUGGAGGUACUGCGACGAGAGUGAGUCCUGGAGACCAGCACCCGUAUCAGUACCCGUGCUUUAGUCCUGCGCUCCCGCCUAUGACCCCGGCUCCAUAUGCGGAUGGGCAGAUGCAUGUACAGCCGCAGAUGCAGGUGCAGGUGCAGGGUCAGAGGAUGGGUGUGUGA